AUGCCGGGCCUGCCUCAUCUGGAGGUCGGUUCCAUCAAGAUCAAUUUCAAAGAUGAUGGGGACAUGAAUUAUAAUGUAAUACGACAAUUUGGUAUCGAGUACUACUGCGUCACUGUCAGUGUGUUGAAUUUGAGUUACUUGCUUCUUGUGCCAAUUUGGAAUUUCUACUAUGAGAAAACUGAAGCCAACCCGAUACGCAUACGCGUCCGUUCACAAAACCCAUCUAUCCAUCUCAUCCUCCCAGCUCCGCGUCCGACCCCGCCUGCUGAGAUUCUUCAAGAAAGUUCGGGUUUUUAUUGCUUUUUCCGUCUCUCAUCGUCCGUACGUCCGUUCGGUUGUUGUCCGGGAGAGCUUUUGGGAGAUGGGUUUGAUCUUCUCGAGCGAGUCCCUGCGGUCCGCGCCCCCCGCGCGGGCGGCGACGGGCCUGGGGACCUGCCGGAGAGCUGCGCGGCGUCGGUCUUGGCCUACUUGGAGCCGACGGAUAUUUGCCGGCUGGGGAGGCUGAAUCGGGCGUUUCGAGGGGCGUCGUGGGCCGAUUUCGUCUGGGAAUCGAAGCUGCCCGAGAACUACGGGGUCCUCGUCGAGAAGGUGCUCGGCGGUGGCCGGGUCGUUGGGAAUGGCUUGAGCAAGAGGGAGAUGUACACGAGGCUUUGUCGAGCUAACGUUUUCGAUGGAGGCACAAAGAGAGUUUGGCUGGAUAAAUGUACCAGCCGUGUUUGUAUAUCUAUUGCUUCAAAAGGCUUAGCUAUUACCGGGAUUGAUGAUAGGAGAUAUUGGAGUCACAUCCCAACAGAGGAAUCUAGGUUUGGGACUGUUGCAUAUCUCCAGCAAACAUGGUGGUUCCAGGUCGAGGGCGAGAUGGAAUUCCCGUUCCCCGCGGGUUCCUACAGUGUCUUCUUCAGAAUCCAGCUGGGACGGGCACAGAGGAAGUUCGGUCGCAGGAUUUGCAAUUCCGAGCACGUACACGGUUGGGACAAAAAGCCGGUGCGAUUCCAGCUAUGGACUUCUGACGGCCAGUGUGCUUCAUCCCAGUGUUUCCUUGGCGAGCCCGGAAAAUGGAUGAACUACCAUGUCGGGGACUUUGCUGUUGGCAGUCAACACGCGUCCACGAAGGUGAAGUUCUCCAUGACGCAAAUCGAUUGUACACAUACUAAAGGAGGUCUAUGUGUGGACUCUGUAAUUAUAUACCCUAGCGAGUCCAAGGAGAGGUUGAUGCGGUUUUGAGGUGCAUCUAACCUUCUUAGGUAGGAAGUAGUUUAGUCCAUAAAUACCAAUAUGAGUCUUUUAGGAGUACGAGCGUUUGUGUGUAAGAAAGCAAGCGAGGAAACUGUGUAUAGCCUAGCAUCCUGCUUGAGUAGAGACACCUCUCUCUGAAUUUGCCGAGGGUUGCUGUAUUGCCGGAAACAUCUAAAUAAUAUCUGAGCCCUAUGAUUUCUUUAAAUAAAGAUUGCUGUUGUUGAACUUGUUGA